AUGAACCCACACCAGAAGAACAAGGUCGACGUCAAGAACCUCUCCCCCGAGGAGCAACGUCUCUUCCGCCUCUACGGCAAGCUGCCCUCGCGCUCCGACCACUUCGCCAAGCACCUCAAGGACCGCAAAUACUUUGACUCGGGCGACUACGCCAUGUCCAAGGCCGGCAAGGGCGACGGCCUCAACGACGGCGCUGUCGGCUCCGAGCACCCUGUGCCCGAGAACAUCCCCCACCUCUCGUCGCCCAUCAACAAUGUCACCAGCACCAGCCCGACCAACAACGCCGGACAGCCCGCGAGCGGGAGCUUGCCAAAGCAUGCCCACCACGGCAGCGUGCCCGGGAUCCAGGCCGGCAGCCCGAUCAAGGAGGGAAGCUUCCUGCAGCGCGAGACCAGCAUUGACGACGUCGACAAGGAGCAGAAGACCGGGGCGGAGACAUCGGAGUCACUCGCUGCGAGCGAUCCGAUCCCCAUUCGAAGGUGA